AUGGUCCCGACCCAGCAUGACAAGACUGGCAUGGCGCUUGUGCUGACCGGCACGACGCUCCUCGUUCUCGGGACGGCGGCGCUCAUCCUCACGUCGCCGGUGCCGACGCUCUUUGCGUGGCACCCGUCUCUGAAUGCUCUCGCGCUCGCGCUCUUCGCUAUUGGGAUCUCGGUCGUGCAGCCGCCCACGCCUCCAUCCACUGUACGCGCACAGCGCCUAGACGCACACAAGAGCGUCCUUGGCCUUGCUGUCAUCCUCCUGUGUGCCGGCACGACGUUCAUGUACUAUAAUAAGGAGGCCAACGGCUCGGCGCACGGCACCACGCCGCACGGCGGCGCCGGAUACAUUGUCGUCACGUGGAUGCUCGUGCAGGCGAUAAUUGGUGGUGUCGCGGCCAACACGGGCAAGAACGGACUGUGGCUGUACAAGUGGCACCGCCUCUCCGGCUACCUCUUUAUGACUCUCGCGCUCUUCACGGCGUUCGCGGGCGGCCUGCUCACCACCUGGUCGCAGACGCGGCCCGCGCCCCUCCGCAUCGUCGCGUACGGCAUCGGUAUCCCCCUCAUCGCGGCGGGUGUUGCCAUGCGCAUGCACACCAGCAAGUUGCCGUUCGGCAAGCGCCAUGCUUAA